AUGCGCAUCUAUUUAUUUUUAUGUUUAUUAUUAAUUUUAUUUAAAAUUGUUUUGAAUGUCAAACCAAAAAAGGUUCCAACAUACUACGAUAUAUUGAACGUCAAAAAGGAAGCUCCACAUAAUGAGAUUGUGAAAUCAUUUAGAAAAUUGGCACUGAAAUAUCAUCCAGACAAAAAUAAAGGUCCAGAAGCUACCAAAAUUAUGCAAGGCAUUAAUGAAGCUUAUAAUACCCUUGAAGAUGAGGAUAAAAGGAAAGAAUACGAUUUGAAAUUGGCACGUAAACCGCUGAAUAAAUAUUAUAAAAAACGGAAAAAUACUGCAAAUGGAGAGGCUGGAUCUUCUGGAACUAAUAAAAGAAAAAGAGGUUUGAUUUCUACUUGAAUAAAAAUAAAUUGAAAGUUUCAAAACUAUAAUUGUAAGAUGGUAAAAUGACGUAUUAUUUUC